AUGGGCCGCAUGCGGCAACUUCCUAUAUCCCUACAUUGCUGCGCAAAACUCACGGCAGCGGCAGUUACUGUUUCGUGUAUCCUUGGCUUCACAUGCUGGGCUUCAACCGAAGCCUCGGAGAGCACAAGGCCUCCCUCGUUUCUACAAAUGGCACAGGCCUCAAGGAUUGCAGGACGACAUGAGCAACAAAAGGCACGAAGCAAACAUCCGAGCUCUCUGCUUGCCUGCCCUGCAGAGCUUCAACGCAGAAACCCGGAUUGCAGAGUCGUCAAAGUGCGGGGCAACUUCCGCGUCGGUAACAAGUCCAUCAGGCCGACCGUGCUGCACUCCACAAUGGUUUGGACCGCAGUGGAUGCAUCCUUGCUGACAGACCACGAUAGCAUUGUCGGCUGGAAGCCGGCUAUGGAGGACGUCAAAUCCCGCUGCCCUGGUGAAACCAAGCAGGUCAGCUUAGUGCACCACAUCAAUAUCUAUGCCUACGACGCCAAGACUCCACUGACAGACGGGCGAACCUAUGUCGUGGGCGAGCGCGGUGGGCCCGUAGAUGAGACCUCCUUUCGGAUGCUGGCUUCGCAUGACAAAGAAGCUGGCGACUACGUCUUGCCAUUUGGCUAUGGCAUUCCUUUAGGAAAGCAGGCCCUGAUGGAGCGGCAUGUAUUGUUCCCAAAAUGUUGGGACUUUCAAGAGGAUGUGGUGGAAUCCAGCGGCAUGGAUCUGUAUGUAGUGUCCUCACGCUCCAUGAAACCAGCUGCCUUGGUAGGAGCUCUGAACUUCAACAUGGACGUUCAGCCGAAGCAGGGACCGGUGGAGUGGAUCACUCGCAUGUCCGUGGAAAAGCUGAGAGGUUUCGUUUCGAAAAAUGGCAAUGAAUGGCCCGAGAUUCUUGCGGUGCACCUGCACACACACGAUGUGGCGCAAGUGAAAUACUUCGAGAUCUUGAACAAUGAUGGUUCGGUUGCCUUCCAAUCGCAAAAAGAGAAGGCUGGCUAUGGCUUGAAGGAACAAUCCUUUGCCAAUUUGCCUGAGAUUGGCUGGCCGCGUCUACAACUGCGUGCGGGGCAGCAGUUGCUCCAGCACUGCAUGUUUAACUCCGACAAGCUGGACGCCCAUGUGGAGUACGGCCUAGACUGGGGGCAGGAGAUGUGUGCUCCCUUGCUUGUUGUUGGUGGCUCUGGUGUGCGACCGAUGCCGAGCCUGCUGAGCUCAAUGGAUGGUUAUCUAUCCCGCAUGCACGGCAUGUGGGCGGAUGUUGUCGACGACAUAAAGCGUCUGCUCUCUGAACAUUGA